AUGACUUGUGCAGGUUAUUUAAUUCUCCAGAAUCGUCAUCCUGUCUUUGUAGAGAUCAAUACUGGUAUUCUCAUAUGCUCCCUGGACAUUGACAAGUACGAUGAGACGUCACUACCGUCACUUGAGUUACGUCGUAUGGCUAAAUUUGAUAUUCACAGCACUUGCGCAUCGUCUCAGAAAAUGGAGGAAGGUAAACGCAAGCAACCAGAUGACGAGAAAGAGCCUCAGGAAAAUGAGCCACGAAAGCGACAACGUUUAUUGCAACUUAGUGGAUUUAUGAUUGAGGUUCUUGACCAGGAUGAGGAAUUGGACGAACCAUUACUUCCCUACUCGUUCCAAGUGAACACGUACAAAAUACACUUACAGCCAGACGGCAGCUCAUGCAGUACGUUAAACGACUCGCUUAUACUAUCUGCUACCGAUAGAGAUGCGAAGGAACUUUGGGUACAACAUAUCAAGUUGUGGAAUCGCUACGGAUGGAGAGACACGGUGCACGUGGCUGCGACACGCACUGAUCUUGAGAAGCUUCAGGAACGGCUACAAAAACACAGCAACUCCAUAUUUAUGGGUGCAAAUUCACGCUACAGCAGCGACAAAACCUUUGGUUGUGAACGCAAUAGUGCAAUAACAAUGUACGGUGGUCGUAGCAGCUAUAACGUUCAGUCAUCCUGUGUCACAAAGUGCCGAACGAAACGACGGUUCUACCGCACGAGUGUCCCGAGUUUGUUUGCGCCGCCGUCGUAA